AUGAUAGAAAGGGUGAACCCAUACUAUGCUGCUUUCAAGACUUUUCGUGACCGUGACAGGGAAUCUGAAGAGGACACACCAAUUCUGUAUCUUACGAUUCUGAAUCCUCUGCGAAACGACCCUCGCAGAUAUAACCGACCUACGUCAGAUGAAGUUGCAUGUGUAUAUGUUGCUGAUGAAAAUGAACCGUCCCCGGGUCGUCACAUUCAAGUUUAUUUGCGAGGCGGUGGGGUUCGCAACAUUAGUGAACUCCACUCAGCAUAUCUUCCCCUGCACUUCACUCUUAUAUACCCACACGGAGAGCCGGGAUGGCAUCCAAGGAUCCCUUUGGCUGGGCAACCACUGGGAGAUGAUGACGAGAUUGGUGAGGGGGAAGAUAUUGAGGAUGGAAAUGCUGGAGAUGGUGGAUUGGUAGCUGAAGUAAGACGCUAUGGGCGUGGAGGAUCUAAGCGAGUGACUCAAGCACAAUUUGCAACCUAUUAUCUCUUCAAACGAUCGGGCAAUUUCAACACCGCACUCUAUUGUGGACGACUCUUUCAGGAGCUAUUGGUGGAUCAGUGGGCCCAGACCGAAUCAAACCGUCUGCGAUGGAUCCGAGAGAAUCAAACCACUCUCCGAGCUGAAUCUUACAAGGGAUUGGUGGAUGCAGUUGAUGCUGGGAUUCCUUUGGUUGAUGUAGGCAAAAAGGUGGUGCUCCCCUCAACAUUUGCCGGUUCACCGCGUCAGAUGCACGCCCUGUACCAGGACGCCAUGGCUAUUGUCUCACACGUGACAAAGCCUGACCUAUUUGUAACGAUCACAUGCAAUCCCACCUGGACGGAGAUCACUCAAGAGUUGGAACCAGGACAGACCGCUCAAGACCGCCCUGACUUGGUCUCAAGAGUCUUUGCACUCAAGCUUGACGCCAUGCUGCACGAGUUUUUUAAGUUGGGAGUAUUGGGAAAGAAGGUGGUCGCAAGGAUUUGGGUUAUUGAGUUUCAGAAACGGGGGCUUCCACACUGUCAUCUGCUCAUGUGCCUUGCCCCAGAUGACAAACCACGCACACCGGCCGAUCCUGUGCUUUUCAAGGUUGUAACAUCCUGUAUGCUGCAUACAUGCAGUGAUCGAUGCCAAGCCCAGAUGCGUCGUGAUGGCCGAUGUUCAAAGAAGUUCCCCUGGGCUUUUCAACCGGAGACAACAAUGGAGCAAGAUGGUUACCCUGUUUACCGAAGACGAGACAAUGGGCGGUCAUGGACCAAGAACCGCAUUACAUAUACCAAUCAGCAUGUGGUUCCUUACAAUCCGUAUUUAUCAGCUCGAUUCAAUGCACACAUCAAUGUAGAGGUUUGCACUUCAAUCAGUGCAGUGAAGUAUAUGUUCAAAUAUGUUUACAAGGGACAUGAUCGAGCAAACGUGGCGGUUGUUCCCAAUCAAGUGGAUCUUGAUGAGAUCAACCGUUACAUUGAUGCACGCUGGGUUUCUGCGUCUGUGUCACGAACUACGUCGUGA